GCACUAUUUCCUCUUUUGGCAGCCGAAGUGUAGUUUAGAACUGUAGAAACAUUUAGCAACAACAAGAUCACUGACAACGUUUUAUUUUAAUAUAUUUAAUAGGACGAUUUUUACGCAGGAAUAUUUUCUUUUUCUAAGUUUUGCGUUUCAGCUUGUGCAAACUGAUGCCAUUUUGUGAAACAAAACCUUGGUUCUUAUCUUCAAGAAAACUGCACCUAAACCCAUAAUGACAUCUUAUAAUAAAUGAACCAAUCAAAAAUCAUGUCUGGAGUCAGCGCCACACUAACAUGGAGAAGCAUGUCCCCCACCUCCAACCAAUCAGAGAGCUCCGUCCUGUCUCCCAUGGCAACCACCUCCAGCCACUCAGAGCCCUCUGUCCAGUCUCCCACAGCGACCAUGGUGAAGAUCAUCAAAGUGUGUUUCCUCAGCAAUAGCCCAAACCUGGGGAAAAACUUUAAACUGGUGCGAUGUGAAGACGGAUGGACCAUCAAGUCCGUUCUGAAGGUGGUUCUGUCCAGCGGCUGUGUGGGCCCUCAGAUCCAAAAUGGCGACUGCUUUGGGCUCCUCCUUAAACAUCUGAAAUCGUCCGAGCUGCACUGGCUCCACCCCGACAUGAGCAUCUCAGAGCUGACGCAGCGGUACGAGCAGCACCACCUGGAGGCCGAGUGGAGGUAUGACUUGAGAAUCAGAUACAUCCCCAAAGAUUUCAUGGAUAAAUUCAAAGAUGACCCAACGACAAUGCUCUACUUUUACCAACAGGUGAGGAGUGACUACAUGGUAAACUAUGCCUCUAAAGUGAGUGAUGGCAUGGCUCUUCAACUCGGCUGCCUGGAGAUACGGAGAUUUUACAAAGACAUGAAUCCUAACGGCCUUGAGAAAAAAUCUAACUUUGAGCUGUUGGAAAAAGACGUGGGCUUGGACUUGUUCUUCCCCAUUGAACUUAUCAACAGCAUGAAGCUGAAGCAGCUUCGCAGAUUGAUCCUUCAGACUUUUCAGGGGUACUCGACUCUGGGGCAGGAGCAGUGCAUGGCCAAGUUCUUCUCUACACUGUCCCAGUGUUACUGCUUCACUCAGGAGAGCUUUGCCUGCCAACUCGUGCACGGCUGGAAUUUAACCAUCGACUUGGUGAUUGACUCAGACGGGAUAAGUCAGCAGACAGAAAACUCUAAGCCAGUUUGUUUGGCCAGCGUCAGUGAAAUCUGCAGCAUCUUCUGCUCCUCUGAGAACGAUGGACGAGCCUUACUCACUGUGAACAUCCAAGGAGCCACACAGCCCCUGACAGUGAGGACUUCUUCUAUGUCUGCAGCAGAAAACAUGGCCGACCUGAUUGAUGGAUACUGUCGUCUCCAUGGAGCAGAGAAAUCACUCAUCAAUCGACCAAGAACCAGGGACAUGAAGAUAAAAUUACCUGAAAUUCCCCAACGUUCUGCCACACUUGUGCACAAGAGCAGCUAUGGUUCAGACAUCUAUGCAGAGAUCACAGAUGGUUGUGUGGACAUGAAGAAAAGGGAAACCAUUUCCAGAGACGACGUGGUUGUGGGUCGAAUUCUCGGUGAAGGAUUCUUUGGAGAAGUCCAUGAAGGACUUUACAAAAGUCCAACAGGAGAAAAGAUCCGAGUGGCUGUAAAAACCUGUAAAGAUUUUUCACCUGAUGUCAAGGAGAAGUUUCUCAGUGAAGCAGAUUUGAUGAGGGAUCUGGAGCACCCUCACAUCGUGCGUCUGAUCGGGCUCAUCGAGGUGGACCCUGUCUGGAUCGUCAUGGAGCUCUUGGAGCACGGAGAGCUGGGUCAGUUUCUGGUGGAGCAGCAGCGUGUUCUGUCCAGUGCCACACUCACUCUGUACUGUCUGCAGAUCUGCAAAGCUCUGGCGUAUUUAGAGGGACUCAACAUGGUGCACAGAGACAUCGCUGUGAGGAACAUUUUAGUGGCAUCUCCUGAAUGUGUCAAAUUGGGGGACUUUGGUUUGUCCCGAUACGUCGACGAGGAAGAGUAUUACAAAGCAUCGGUGAGCAGGAUGCCCAUAAAGUGGAUGGCCCCAGAGUCGAUUAACUUCAGGAGGUUUACUUCAGCCAGUGACGUGUGGAUGUUCGGAGUGUGUGUGUGGGAGGUCUUCUCUCUGGCACAACAGCCCUUCUUCUGGCUGGAAAAUGGACAGGUCAUAAAUCAACUGGAGACUGGGGUUCGACUCCCGAAGCCCGACAUGUGUGCCCCGUUCCUAUACUCUCUGCUCACCCACUGCUGGGCCUACGAACCACACAAGAGACCUACCUUUAAACAACUGGUCUGCUCAUUCAGUGACCUGUACAGACUUGAACAGGAGGCUGCAGUGACUCAGGGCAGGACUCAGUUUGUUGCACCGUUUGGCUCAAACUCAGAGCCUCCUCCAAAGCCGUCCAGGAUCCAGGGCAGGACACUUCCUCGGGGCAUAUACACACAGGCAUCGACGUCGUCACAGGCCAACAGCCUGCCCCGAGGACUGCACCUACUACAGUUGAGCGAUGAUCGUCCUUCGUGGGAGAGAGAGAGGGAGCAGGUGGAGGAGGCCAUCGUGAGGCAGAGGCUGGAGAUGGUCAGUGACGGACAGUGGCUGGAGCAGGAAGAGCGCCACCUGGACCCUGUUGUUCGACAAGACUCAAACCGACAAACCCAGGCUCCAGAGAGUCCAUCUUCCAUCGGUCCUCCAUCAAAACGACCCACACCCCCUACUCCCACACAGCCGUUACCAACUGCUGAGUUGGACCGGACCGAGGACCAGGUGUACAUUGGAGUCAUGGAACUGGUCCGACAGGUGGUCCAACUGAAGAACCAAAUCCACAGCACACCCACCUCAGAGUACCCCACUGCUGUCAAAAGCGUGGGUUUAACUCUUCGUGGUCUGAUCCAAAGUGUGGAUGAGCUGCUUCCUUCUCUGCACGGCUCUGUCACCACUGAGAUCGAGGGCACAAAGAAGCUGCUGAACAAAGACCUGGGGGAGCUCAUCACAAAGAUGCGUUUGGCCCAACAGAACUCUGUCACCACUCUGAAGCACGACUGUGUGAGGAGCAUGUUAGCCGCCGCACACACGCUCGCCAUGGACUCUAAGAACCUACUGGACGCUGUGGAUCAAGCCAGAGUCCGCGCAGACCUCGCAAAAACCAGACCGGACCAAAAACCAGAUCAAGAAGAAGGAUGAGACCAGGACUACACCAGGAUUAAAGAAUAAAUGAACCAUGACUAAACCAGCACCAAACCAGGACUAAACCAAGACUAAACCAGCACUGAACCAGGACUAAACCAAGACUAAACCAGCACUGAACCAGGACUAAACCAUGACUAAACCAGCACUGAACCAGGACUAAACCAUGACUAAACCAGCACUGAACCAGGACUAAACAAAGACUAAACCAGCACUGAACCAGGACUAAACAAAGACUAAAGUGGACUGAACCGAGACUAAACCGAGGAGCAAAGUCCAGGAUUAAACCAGAACUCUGAUAUGUCAAAUUUAAAUUGUGUUUUGCCUGGAGAAGACUGUUCAGUUUUGUUUUUUGUUUUUGACCCAGUUCCAAUGAAAUGAAAUGUUCUGUGGGGCUUUGACGCUGUUCUAAUGUAGUGUCCUCCUCAGAAACAUCCCUGGAGUUGUGUUUUGUUUCAUUCACAUGUUUCAGUAAUCCUGCACUUUUAGUCUCCCUCUCCACAGCUCAAAUGCUUGUCCCACUGGAUGAUGUCAUCGUGUGGUAUCUCUUGGUUUAACUUGUUUUUUACUGUAGGUCUCACGCUGGCUGUGACACCAGGCUCUUUGUUCUAAUGCUCCACAUGUACAAGUUUUACACUGUUAUUAAACAGAAGCUUUUGAAUCAAUGCAACAAAUGUUGCAUUAUUUUU